AAUAUAAUGGAAAUAUUCAUCCUGAAGAAUGGUUAAAACAAGUACAAACUCAUUGUUACUUAAAAGGAGUUGAAAAUGAAAUACAAAUUCUUAAAAUUUGUAAACUUAUGAUAGAUUCCACCAUAAUAAUUCCUAAAGAAAUUAACUCUUUUGAUGAACUUAUUAAAUCUCUUAAGUCACACACAACCUUUACUAUUUUCAAAAAUUCUUGUAAAAGAAAAUUACAAUUAAUGAAAUAUAAUCCCGGAAAAGAGGAGAAUUACACUGCUUCAUUCCUUGCAAAUUUUCGUUCACUUUGUAAUUAUGCGGAAAUUAAUGAUCCUGACGAACUCAAAACUCUACUUGUUAAUUCUUAUUCGAAUGAUUUCUUUAAAAUUGAAUUUGCAAAAAGAGUAGAUAAUAUCGAUCCAAAAGAAUCACCUUAUUAUAUUGAUGAAAUAGUUAAAUUAUUUAACGAAGUUGUACUUGAUGAAUUAAAAAUAAUUAAAUCCGAUUCUUUAAUUGCUUUGAAACAUGUGACAACUGGUAGAUAUUUAUCAAGUUGUGAUAUAAAAUAUCAAACAGGUUCUCGAAGGAAUAUAGUGUUUGCUGGCGAAAAAUUUUCUAACUCACAUUCUAUUUGGCUCUUAUCAAAAAUUAAAAGUCAUAAACUGAAUCAACAGAAUAUGGUUUUUUAUAAUGAUGGAUUUCAUUUUAGACAUAAGGAAACCAACAAUCUAUUUUGGUUAAGUUACAAUUACAAGUCUCCAACAACUGGACAAUCAGAAGCAUUUUGUAAUUAUGAAACUUAUAAUGCUUGUUGGCAAAUCAUAAAUUUAGAAUCUAAAAACAGAACACAUAAUGAUAAUAAUACUUUAUAUGUAAAUUCAAAAGAUAUAAUUAAAUUGAAAAUCAUUGGAGAUGGACAGGAUCUUUAUUUACGAAGUCAUGAUUUUACUUUUACAAUUAACGAUGAAACAUUUCAAGAAGUCGUUGGUCAUGAAGAUAGAAUUGGUGCAAAUGAUGAGUGGUGUAUUGAACUUAUCGAAUAAUUUUCAGUUAAAAUUAAAAGGUUUUAUAUUACAUUACAUCAAAAUGUCAUCGUAGACUUGUCAAAUAUUAUUUUCCAUGUUGAUAAAGCAGUAUAAAAAUGGUUUUAUUCAAGUUAAAAUAUACACUGUUUUACUCAAUUUACAGUAUAUUAUAGGUAGAAGCUAUAAUAAUAUCAUUAUCAUUUCCAAUUUCUCUAUUACUGCUUUCAUUUUCUCCCAUAAAUAUUGGUUCAAUUACUGGUGGAACAGGAUUUUUCUGAUAAAAAAUUUUUUAAUAUACAAUAAUUUUAAUUAAAAAUACAAUAAAAC